UGAAAAAAUGGCGCACUUUCCUUGCUAGGGAGAGACAAUUAAGUCAUUUAGUUCUUUAACACCUCCUGAUAUAGCAGUGCUGGGACAAAUGAGAGAAAUGCACAGAGCAUGGAAUUCUUUAACGAUUUUAACUCCGUUUUAUAAGUUUUAGUUUCAACCAAGUUCUAGUGAAGUUAGCUAAAACUGGUCAGCUAGGUGGUGCUAGCACCGGAAGUUAGCUGCUAGCAUCGGGACUUAGCUGCGAGCAAUGUCAAACACAGCGUGACAAUAAAACCUUUGAGGACUUUUUCUUUACUGGGAUGGGAAACCUAACACGAAGACUUCAUUAAUCUGUAAAGGCACAGUUUGACGGGUCGUCCCAGACGCCACUUGACAUUUUGUCCCCAGUCCAACCGCAUGUGGCAUAAAGAAUUCACUGAGGCGAGACACCAGGAGGAGUAUUGGAGCUCCCUCCACCCCCAGCGCAGGGCUCUCAGCGGGGAGUGUAAGGGACAGACGAUGAGUAAACGUCCUGAGAGCGGAAACCGUGAGGUCCAUCGGGCUUCUGCUAAAGACUCGCUCUCAAGUACAGAGGGAGCAACCUGAGUCCACCAACGUGUGAGCCGACGAGCUGCCAGUGCAGACCAGCCACCUCGGUUUCCCCUAACAAAGCUACCUGCCUGACGGAGACACCUGAGCUGGAGGAGACAUACCUGCUUUUCUGGAGACGGCUGCUUCAGUCGGCGGCGGUGUGGAACUGCGGCGGCUGCCGGAGACGCCAGCAGGAGCGGGGAGGCUGCUGAAGCAGACGACCACGGGGCAGCGAGAGGGAGGCGCAGGAGAGGAGAGAACAGCACAAAGGAGGGAGGCGAAUAUGUGACAGGAUGUGGUUUCUCUGAGCUUGCAGAACAUACUUUGAGCGUGACCUAAACACGCCGCCAGUACAAGUGUGUUGGAGCUCCGUUAGGUGAAGACGAGCCAAACCGCCGAGCUGCUGCUGCUGCUGCUGGAGGAUUGUGCCGAUCCGCUCCUCCAUCCUCUCCUCUCUACCUCCAAGCAGAUGUCAGUUUGUGAAGGAAGCUCAGCCCCGGCGGCUGGAUCUGCCUCCAUGCACUGAAGAACUUUUCCACUAGAUUGCAAAACCGAGCGCUGACCGUCACACCGAGGAGCCAUGGGCUGCGGCCUGCGCAAGAUCAAACCCCCGUCUGAGGAGAACAGCCCAGGGAAGAUUUACUCCACCCUGAGGAGACCGCAGGUGGAGACCAAAGUGGGCGUGGCUUACACCUACCGCUACCUGGACUUCCUGAUUGGGAAAGACGGAGGAACCUCCACGCUGCGCCUCUCCUCCGUGCGGGAGCUGCCCGCUCAGCUGCAGGAGCUGUACCAGCAGGGCUUCGUCCUCGCCGCCGUCCACCCCUUCAUCCACCCCUGCGGGCCCGAGUCCAGCAGCCCCCAGCACCACCUGUACCGGGCCAUUCUGGUGCGGCUCAGUGACGGGGUGGAGAGGAGUCCGGCGGUCUGCCCGCAGUUCAAGCUCCAGCUGGAGGAGUGUCUGUCUGCAGAGCAGGUUCCCACCCCAGAGCUGAUCCAGGGCUACGUCAAGAAGCAGAUCCAGGAUGCUGCCGACCAGGGGGUGAUGUUUGUGGGGUUCAUCCAGGAACCCCGCGGGGCUUUAUGCGCCCGCAUCAGAGAACCAGAAACCCCUUCUCUCUCCUUGCACUCCAGCCCCAGCUCGGUGCUGGGGUCCUUGGGCAGCUGCAGCCCCUCCAACCCUUCCAGUCCCAACCACCACCCGGAGUCUGACGUCCCGGAGAAAUGGGGAAACGAGAAAGAUCGGAGUGAAAGCAAAACAUGCGAGCACACGUCACACCGGGAGGCGGGGGUCAUUGGGGACGGCGUCUCAUCUGCGGCAUCGCCAUCGUCGGAGGAAGAUCUGGACCGCAGCGAAGAGCUGACCGAGGAGGACUCGCUGUUACACAACGGCAACAAGGACAGCAGGGCAGACGCCAAGGAGAGGCCGAGAUACCGGCUGAGAAGAGGUGAUGGAGUGGACCUGCUGGCUCUGUUCAACCACCCGCCGGUCCGGGAAGGCCAGCUCAAGUACUACACGGUCAAGGUUCCCCUGCGGGUCCAGAACUGCAAGGAGGGCGUCCGAGGGGUGGAGGCCAACUGGCUGGAUCACAUGACGCAGCACUUUAACAACGGCGCCUCGCUGGUGGACGGAUACUUCCACCUGAGCUCAGACGAUUUGUUAUCUAAAUCCGUGGAAAGUGUCUUCGUCUUCCAGGAGGCGAGCGAAGAAGACCCCAAUGUGGCCACGCCCACUUAUGACGCCAUCGUGGUGGAGCAGUGGACCAUCAUUGAUGGUCUGCAGGUGAAGGCUGAUUAUGUGCCGCUGCUGCAGUCUUUGGCCACGUAUGGAUGGAGACUCACCUGUGUGUUACCGACUCCUGUGAUCAAGACGAACAGUGACGGAAGUCUGUCCACCAAACAGAUCGUGUUCCUGCAGAGACCCGUCCUGAGCCGAAAGAGGAAAGAAUCAAAGAAAUUAAUCUUCAAGCCCAGAAGCAAGUCCAACAAGAACUUCUCUAAAGACUCUGCCAAGAACAAGAAGAAGCCUAAAGGCGAGAAGGACGCUGAAGAUCCCAAGAUCUGUAACGACAGAGGAACGACGGAGAACAAGAACGAGGCUGAAACCGAGAACGCCGCAGAGGUGGACGACGGCAGCCAGACUCACCGAGGAACUGAGGAUUCUGAGGAGAGCAGAGAGACUGAAGGCAGAAAGGAGAACGAGGAGGCCGAGAAAGAAGUUCCGAUGGCGCUGGAGGGGGAGGAGCUGAGGGAGAACGGAGAAGUGGAGGAAACCGUGGCGACAGUGGAAAAGCAGAGUGAAACCAAAGAAGAGGAGACUGUAUUGGAAAACGGCAUCGAGACGGAAGAAGAGGAAAAGGAAAGUAGAGAGAUCGAAAGCAGGAAAGGGGAACAUGUGGAGGCGGAGCUUAAGGUGGAGGGCGUGGCUGAACAGCAGGCUUAGGAGCAGCAGUCUAGCUCCUCCUACUUCCCUCUUAAGUUCCUCAUCCUGACUACUUUUUUCCGGUGUGACCUUUGAAUUGUCCCGCCUCCAUCCGUCACGUUUGAUCCCCAAAGACCUUCUGAAGGCGGCAGACCACUGUACCACCACACACACUGAAUGUAUCAGGAGAUGCUGGAGGGGUGCAGGAGCUCCUGCAGCAACGCUUUCGCUUAGCUCAGAAAGGAAGCAGAGUUUGGUUUGAUCCUCCUCCUCCUGAGGAGAAAGGAGGAACCAAGUGACUUUAAAGGUGUUCAACCACACAGGUGAAGGGUGACGCCCUCCUGGCUCCAUCAUGGACUUUCACACAGAUGAAGCUUGUUCAGCUUUGAAAACCUGCGACCAAACAAAGCAGCUCCGACAGGUCUGACUCCUCCCCCUGGACAGACGUGGAGGAGGCGGGAAGCGCGUUUGUUGCGACAGGCAAUCCAAAGUGGGGCUGAGAGGAAGUGACUUCUUCAUGCUGAGCUCUGAGCCACCAAGUGCUGCAAAGAGCUCUUCAUCAUCAUCAUCAUCAUCAUCAGAAAGCUCGCCGUGAAUCCAGAAUGUUUCGUGUUCAAAGCCAAGGCAGAGACGGAGAAAAUUCCACUGAAUGUUUGCACCUCAAAGCCAAAACUCACUUUUACAUUGAGUUUCAUACAUGCAAAUAUGGAAGUUCAUUUCUGCCUCUUUCAUUUCAUCCUGAGUCCAAUAAGGAGCUACGGUCUCAACAUGAUCAUCCCUGAAGAGCAAAUUCUGUCUUUAGCAGUUUUAGCAGACUGUAAAACAGUUUCUUUGCAUGUAAAAUGUGGAGUCAAAGACAUUAUUUUAGUACAAAGAAGCUGCUAAAGUUAUGAGUCAUUACUACCAAAACUGAGUAUCCCCUUAAUUACUUUAUCUGGAAACGUGAAAACAUUCGGUUCUGAGGAUAUCUUAUAUAGAUCUACAUCUGCAUGCUAUGUUCUCAUAAGAGGGCAUUAACCACCUUUGACUAUUUGCAAUAUUGGCAAUUGAAGAUAAUCUUGAAUAAAUCAGACAAACACGGGUUCAGUUGGGCAAAAUGGAAAGUGGUAUCCAUGACAACGGCCCAGCAUGCUGCAGGCUUUAGUAGGUAACCUCUUGUUUCUACCAUCAGAUUAGUUCAUUUGGCACUGGGUACCUGCCGCUAAAGCUGCAGUUCUUUCAUAUCUACUGUCUACUAAACCUCAGCAGAGUCACAUUCGAUUCAAAGUAGAAACAUUGCAAAUUGUUUAGGUCCAUAGCAACCAUAUGGUUUUAUGCUUCUUUGAAGCUGGUUGAUAUGUCCACCAAUUUUUAUUCCAUUAUCGCAAGCUAAAUCACCCAGUUUCCCAUAGCAACCAUUUGAUUUCAUGCUUCAGUUGAGCUGGUUAGGAUGUCCACCAAUUUUUACUCCAUAAUGUCAAACUACUUUGUCCAGUUUCCCAUAGCAACCAGUGUUUACAGCUGUAAAGAUUUUAAAGUUUUCUGCGUAUUUGACGAGGAUUUCCAACAGUCCUGCAUUUUGGACUCUUUUCUCAGAACCAUGAACCCUGUAGCUCAUCGUUUUGGACUGUUUUUCCUGCUGUUGUUCAUCCUGAAACUGGCAGAAAUCAACUUUCAUGCGUUUUUUCAGUGAAAGCAGCUGAAACGGAGGAUUUUCUGUCGACACAGAGACAGUUUGUAGCAGCGACAGACCGUGGCGGCUCAUGUCGACCUGUACGGGUCCAUCCCAGAGAUGAUGUUUCCUCCAGCUCUGAGCGGACAUCACGGCGUGCCGCCUCAUGGCUUCCUGCCCCCCCCCUCCUUUAUCCGGGGGAGGCAGGUGGCGGCGUUCACGGUGCUCAGCUCUGAGUGGCUGGCUAAUGGAUUCUACCAGCGGGGGCUCUGUCUGUAAUCGUGCAUUUAUAAUCACUUUUUUGGGGUUUGGGGGGGCAGGUAUCGACAACGAGACACCUCAACACGUCAAGGCUCAUUGAAGACGCUGAUGGGGGGGUUGUUUGCACUGAUUGCUGGGACUUUUCCUAUGAAGGACAGAGCUGUCCUUACAGAAGAGGAUGAUGGGAAAUUCUGCCCUCUGAACAUAAACGGUCCAACCCGUCGCCGCUGAGAUUCCCGCCGGCGUUUUCCUGUGUAGAGUAGCUGAUGAAACUGUGAUGGCUUCAGUCCGCUGUUAGACGUGUCUGCUAGAGGCGUUCCGGUGAUCUAAAUGUCGUGUGUUCAUUAUCGUCCUGGGGGGCUGGGGGGCUUUGGCUGCUGGUUGGUCUUUUAUUACUGGAGUUCAGAGCUGGGGGGGCGGGGCCGUUUCCCCCUCAUGAAGGUGUUGUGUUUGUGGACUUUUCUGCAUCGUUUGUGAAUGUUUUUUUGUUUUGCUGCGGGCUUUGUGUCGCCUUCGCUGAAACAUGGGAGCGGCGCCUCCUCCUCUUCCUCCUGAGGUCAUGAGGUCAUCCCUGAAGAGGUCAAAGGUCAGAGUUGAGUCAUAACGGGAUGUUCUGAGGUUCACUGGAUUGAUGAAAUUCAAUGAAGCUCCAACACGUUUGAGUUCAUUCAUACAAACAUGAAAUAUUGUGGGACAAAAAUAUUUUAUUAUCGUGAAUAUUUUAGCAUUUUUCACCUAAUAUUUGACCGAUUCUGUACAUAAGUGUUGCUUAAACCGCAACGCUCAAGUUAAUUAGAAAAUACGGUUAAAUAUUUAAAUGACUUGAUCCAAAUUGACAAUUUUAAAUAAUUAAAAUACCCAUGUUUUUGUUUGUUUUUGCAAGAAUGCUUAAAAUAAGUGUAACUGCUGAAGAAAUUACACAACAAGCAUCACUUUUGUUGUUUGAGAGCCUUUAAAGAGUUACCAAACAGGGUAGUUGGAGGCUGACUCCGCCCACAACCGAAAUAUGAAAAUGGAGUCAGAGGGGCGGGGCUUGGGGGCAGGACCGCUAUCAUUACUGGAGCUGCAGAUCAUGACGUCAGACUUCUGAGACAC